AACCAGCUGUCCGGACCUCUGCCACCCGCCCUUUCCACUCUCCAACUCCCUACCCCUCCUCCCUUGAGCCCCUCCUCUUGUGCCCGACGCGUGCAGUGAUUGAUGUGCACCUCUUGUGCAGUGAUGUGCACCUCUUGUGCAGUGAUGUGCACCUCUUGUGCAGUGAUGUGCACCUCUUGUGCAGUGAUGUGCACCUCUUGUGCAGUGAUGUGCACCUCUUGUGCAGUGAUGUGCACCUCUUGUGCAGUGAUGUGCACCUCUUGUGCAGUGAUGUGCACCUCUUGUGCAGUGAUGUGCACCUCUUGUGCAGUGAUGUGCACCUCUUGUGCAGUGAUGUGCACCUCUUGUGCAGUGAUGUGCACCUCUUGUGCAGUGAUGUGCACCUCUUGUGCAGUGAUGUGCACCUGAACCAACUUGAUGUGCGCCAGAAUCAAAUGUUCGGACCUUUGCCUUCUACCCUCUCCACCCUCGUCCGCCUCAACACCCUGCGCACUGCCCCCUGCGCUCUGCCCCCCGUGAGGCGCACUGCCCCCUGUGAGGCGCACUGCCCCCUGAGAGGCGCACUGCCCCCUGUGAGGCGCACUGCCCCCUGUGAGGCGCACUACCCCCCUGUGAGGCGCACUGCCCCCAGUGAGGCGCACUGCCCCCUUUUGGGACUUUGA